GUUUACCGCUUUGGCGGUUGAUGACACAAUGGAUUAUACCCGCGGGCGGCCUUUCAUCUGUAAUCGCAAUUACCCGGGAACUUCGACACCAAGAAGUAUUUUUUUCAACAUCCUAUUGGUGACAGCGACAAUAGACUUAUUUUUAACACAAAACGCUACAGCACAGGAGCAAAAUGCACCGCCAAUUCUUUAUGUUCGGGAACGGAACUGGCGAAUCUCCGAGGCAGAGGAGGUGGGACAGAUCAUUGACCGUGUACGCGCUGAAGAUGCUGACGGUGAUGAUCUGAUAUUUGGAAUUGAGCCGCGAUUUUUAACUCCUGGACAACAGAAUUCCAACAACCCAAAUAAACUGCCCUUUCGCAUAGAUCAAGAUACGGGCGUGGUCUACCUUAAUGAAAGCCUAGUAGGACGUGCCGGAGAGAACUUUCUUAUCUACAUAACAGUUUCAGAUGGACGUUACACAGCAAAAAAUGAAGUAUUUAUUAACAUACUGGGACGUCGGGAAAGCAGCGGGUAUCAUGGUUUCGGGUCCCGUUCGCCGCCCUCAAUUUCGAAUGUUGUGCAGAACAUUUCACAGUUUUUGCCCUCAUUUGAUCAAUUGCCCGGCGUACAGUCGAUAAGAAAUAGUUUGCCUAAUCGACGGCCGAGCAUCAAUUUACCGCCUGGCUUUCCAGCAAAUAACGGUGGCAACUUUGGGCUGCCUUCGUAUGCUAAUUAUUAUCCACCACCGCCACCACCACCAUCGACACCUGGAGAGGAGAACGUUAUCGAUGAGCAGCCGUCGCUCACAUCCACAUUGCCGGAAGCAACAAAAAGCUCAAUUUCAACAACGCCGCGGAGUCGCACCAAGUUGACACCUAUAGCUAAUCACACUUCCGGCAAUGCGGUGUCAUCUCAGCCGGAGUCGGAGUCUGAAGCAGCGAAACAGGAUGAGAAGAGCAGCAUAACUCUCUUCACCAUCAAGUCAUCCUCCAUUCCAAUUAUUGUAGGCGUUUGUGGCCUUCUUGCUGUGGUUGUUGCCAUUUUCGGAUACCUUUUCCGCCGUCGGCUGUGCGCCAUCAGCAAAACACUGAAGAAGUCCAAAGAAAAAGAGGAAUUGGCUAAAAAGUCGAAUGCAAACAAUUCGAUAGCCGACGAUAGUCGCAAUUCGAUGGUAAUGCAACAAUGGAACGGUCCUGUUGCCUUUGCCAAUCGAUAUGUGCCCUGGGAGCGGGAACAGCAGCUGGCGAUAACGUCAACUUCGCAACUAUCAACAAGUGUCGCAAAUGGCGGAGAUGUUGCAAUGGCCGCAUCCGCAAUGGGAGCUGGCAGCCCAAGUGCGUCGUUACCUACAGGACGAGCGGCUGUUAUGGAAGGCGGCGUUGGUGGCGACUCCAGCUGCGAUCAAUGGGAAUUCCCAAGACAUCGAUUGAAAUUUUUCAACAUAUUGGGCGAAGGCGCCUUUGGGCAAGUAUGGCGCUGCGAAGCCACUGACAUGGAUGGAUCUGGAGAUGUCACGACAGUUGCUGUGAAAACUUUAAAGGAGAGCGCAGCAGAAGUCGAAAAGAAAGAUUUACUUUCCGAAUUAGAGGUGAUGAAGACUCUGGAGGCACAUGUAAACGUCGUUCGUUUGCUAGGCUGUUGCACAGAUAAGGAUCCGACUUUUGUUAUCCUUGAAUAUGUAAAUCGUGGAAAGCUGCAAGCCUACUUAAGAAACUCAAGGGCAGAAAGACAUUACGGAAAUACACACGGCAAAUCAAAUAUUCUUACGUCGGGCGAUUUAACAUCAUUCAUGUACCAAGUUGCCAAAGGAAUGGAUUAUCUCACGUCACGCGGGAUAAUUCAUCGUGAUCUCGCUGCGCGUAAUAUUCUAAUUACCGACGAUCACACCUGCAAAGUAGCUGACUUUGGAUUCGCCAGAGAUAUCAUCACAUCUAAGAUCUACGAGCGAAAGAGUGAGGGAAAACUGCCAAUAAGAUGGAUGGCAACAGAGUCACUUUAUGAUAAUAUAUUUUCCAUAAAAUCGGACAUCUGGAGCUUUGGCAUACUAAUGUGGGAAAUAGUAACAUUAGGGUCAACGCCAUAUCCAGGAAUAUCCGCCGCUGAUGUUAUGCGCAAGGUGAGAGACGGAUAUCGCUUGGAAAAGCCAGAGCACUGUCGAAGGGAACUCUACAAUAUAAUGUACUAUUGUUGGUCCCACGAUGUUAAUGAGCGACCCACAUUUGCCGAAAUAAUUAAAAUGCUCGACAAAUUAUUGCACACUGAAAUGGACUACAUCGAAUUGGAGCGUUUUCCUGACCACAACUACUACAACAUUGUUAAUCUCAGUGGAGAGAAAUUGUAA